AUGUCCAGCACAGUGCCGCUGCAAUGCAGAAGACUCUACAUGAACUUCUCGAACAGCUUCAAUCCUGCUCAUUGGCCGCGUCGUCGGCAUCGCAGUACAGCAGUACAUGGCGACAAUGGUGUAAAUGGUGCAAGUUGCUUAACUUCCCGAGAUGGCUACCCGAAAGCCCACGAAAACAUUCCUACCAACUCGCUUUAUUCGCUAUUCACUGCUGGAACUAUGGAUGGGGACACACAGGAUCAGGGAAUUCUGCUGGCACCGUACUCUCGAAAAUUCGCCAUAUCUCUCGUGGCAUCAUCGACGGAUGCUCGGUUUCAGCGUCGCAUCCUUACCAGGACACCAACUUGCAAUCACUGGCAUGCGGAGGAAGGACAAACCUCGUAA